AAAACUUUUCGGCUUUUAAAUACUGUUGGUUUUGUGUAAAAAUCUAGUACAUUUUAAUAAAAAAAAAUGGUCAACAAUCGUUUAACUGAGCAGCUUGUUGAGUCGCGAUCGAAGUGCUCAGACUUUCGCCAAGCAGUGAAGUUGAACGCAUGGGGCAGCGAUCUCGACGAUAUAUCCAUAUGCCUCGACAUGCCGCGCCUAGAGGUGCUGGCGCUCAGUGUCAAUAAGAUUAACACACUUAGCAGCCUUAAGAAUUGCCACGAGUUGAAGGAGCUGUACUUGCGCAAAAAUGAGAUACCAGACUUUAGCGAGCUUAACUAUCUAAAGAACGCUCGAAAUUUGACGUCAUUGUGGCUAGAGGGCAAUCCAUGCUCCGAUGCGGCUGGCUCUGAGUACCGCGCUUGUGUGUUGCGCAUGCUGCCUCAAAUCAAAAAGCUGGAUAAUAUUGAGGUCACCGACAAAGAGUUACAGGCUGCUUUAAGGCAUGAGCGUUACACAGUGCCACGUCAAUCUGAACCAGCAAAGGCACCGGAGCCAGUCAACCCCAAGCGUGCUGCUGCACAAGCGCGUCGCGAAGAACGGGAACGCGAGAGAGAACGUGAGGAGGAGAUCGAACGCGAAAGAGAGCGCGUUGCCACAUCAAUAGCUAACAUUGGCUCCAGCAAUUGCGCCCAACCGACAUCCCAACGCCAACAACAUCCUACUUCUCGUCGCCCUGCUGAGAUCGCACUCGCCUUACAUGGUGUACCCUCCCGUCGCCACAUACAAUCGAGCAAUGACGUCACCAACAUACUAGGCCACUCCUGCGUCAUUCAGGAUCAGUCCCCUUCAAUACAAGCACAGAGUCCGAGUUCGGCCCAAGCAGUGCGUGUGCAGCCGGAUCUGGUUGUCGAUGUGACAUCGCGUGUCAACGAAGUACGCCGUUGUAUGCAGCAGCCGCCGCAAGAGUUUCACGGAGAUCAUGCUCACGCUAGCUGCUCCAGUGCUGCAACGGCCGCCGCAGCCUCUGCUGCCGCAGCUGCCGUCGCUAAUGCGGCAAGGCAGCACGUAGUUCAUUCCCGACAACGAAACGCUGUUGCGACUGCUGCUACUGCAGCAGCCGCUGCAGCUGCUGCCGCUGCCGUCGCACAAGUGCGCCAGGAAACCACGGAGAACUUGCAGUACCAUCCUUUUGGAGGCCUUCCGCCGGGUGACGGAGACACAACUACAGCUCUCAAUAGCUCGCCGCCAUCCUCCACUUUCUUGCGUAUCGCCUCGGGAGGCUCUGCUCGUCCAUUGACUGAGGGUCGUCUUUUUGAACUGGUUGCCGCCGUACCGCCACAGGCACCACAGCCGCCACUAAAUGUCACAAAUUCUUCAAUGUAUUUUCCCGCAGGCAGUGCCGGUGGACUAGUUACCGCCACACAGACCCAGUUCGAUGUUCGAGAUCCACGCCGCGGACUGCGCCGCAACGCCAAUUUGCUGUCGUCUGCCUUGUGCCUCAUACGCGAAAUGGACGCUACUAGUCUAGAGGUGCUCAGCAACGCCAUUCAUGAUCAUGUUCUGAACAAUCCGCAACCUAAUGAUGAGUAAAACUCUGAGAGAUAGAACGGGCCCAACCCACCUCGAUGUUAAAACCAAUCAUGUCGCUCCCGAUCACGCUCAAUGUGUUACUCCAUUGAAUCCAACCACAACAAUCCAUGGCGUUUGAUUUGCGGCAUAGCAGUCUAAAUUUAAAUCCAUGUGAACUUGAAUUUCAUGUUUAUUCUGUUCGAAACGGAGCCGUAUGAAUAAAUUAUCGUGUGAAAAUAGA